AGACACGUAACAUGAAUUUUAACUCCCGUUUCGACCAAUCGUGCAGCGUUUGUGUCUUAUUGUUAAACGUGCUAUGUGUGUUAUUUGAAUCGUGAUUGGAUCAGAAACUUGUAAUUCGAGUAGGGAUUCCCCGCAGAAAAAUUACAUUUGAUCUCUUUGUUGGUCACCUCACGUAGUGCUCCAUAAUCUCAAUAGGACUCAAGUACAAUCUUUUCAAGAUGAGCAAGACGCCGAUAUCCAUAUUGCAGGAGAUGAUGGUGAAGAAGUCCAUGGUUCCUAAUUACGAAUUAAUUCACAAUGGCGGUGGAACACACUUGAAUACUUUUACCUAUCAAGUUUCCUGCAACGGUUUAUCAGCUACCGGAACUGGGCGGUGUAAGAAGGACGCUAAGCAUGAGGCAGCGAAAGCUAUGCUAGAGACAAUUGCCACGGUCAAUCGUUACCCUCAGUUACCAGCUUCACCGGCACAAUCCCCAAAACAUGAACCGAUUCCUACCACAGAUCCUACUGCAGCUAAACCACCAUUGAACCAGCCAUUUAUCAACGCCAUUGGUGCUCUACAGGAAAUUUGUACAGAAAAUAGUCUCAAAGAUCCAGUGUAUGAGAGUAUCAGUGAUGUUGGGCCACCUCACGCAAAAGUAUUUACCAUUCAUUGUCUAGUAUCAACGUUCAGAGAAGAGGGCCGGGCCGGUACUAAAAAACAGGCUAAGCAUGAAGCAGCCAGAAAAAUGCUGGCUCGAAUCACAGACUUAGUUUUUGACAAGGCAAUGGAUAUUGAAAUCAUCAAAAAAGAAGAGGUUGAAGACUGUGACACGACCGACUUCGCAAAAACUUGUUACCCGCAGCUGACAAAACUUCCAAUAUUAAAGAAAGCUAAUCUAGGAGUAGACCUAUCAGAAUAUCAUACAUAUUUUAAAAAAACCUUGGAUGAAACUACCAGAAUGGAAGGACUUUCGAAACUUGAGGAUUUGAUAAACCAGUCGAAAUUGAAUCCCGAGUCGGAGGUGGCAUAUGAACCAAUGUUUGCGCGAUUUCAAGGUGUUUUACAGAUUUUAAAUAUAAAAUUAGAGAAAAUUUCUCUUACUACCAAAGGAGGAAGUGGUUCAGUAGAAGGGAUAAGUCUUGAUACGAGUCCAGCUUUGAUUGAACUAGGUUAUGCAGAAAAUCCAACCAAAGCGCGAAUAUCCGCCCUGACCAGAGCCAUAAAUUCUUUGUAUCAGCUUAUUUUGUAAGUAUCAUAAAUCAACGUGAUUCCAUGAGUAUGGUGUGGGUUCUGAAAUGUCAUGAAUACAACGUCUUAUAGUUUUUUUGAAUAUUAAUAUUGCUUAUCUGAGUAGAAUUACUUUUAUUGUAAAUUAUACAGGUUCUUCAGAAUACCAACGGCUCAAGAAAAAUUGUUACAUGUUAAUUAUUGUUACCUGGGAGAUAUUUAUAGCGAGACCGAAAUUUUAUUAUGCUUUUUGUUAUUAUUUUUAAAUAUUCGCUCUCUUUCAGCAUGAAAAUAUAGUUUACUCAACAGCA